UUGGUUAAUUAACCGAAAGUGAUAAAGUGUAGUGAAUACAAUGGCAGGGAAACUUUCAGGAAUAUCUGCAGUUAUUGCUUCAUACAACGACGCACCCAAAUACGUGAAGGCCAAAUCGGAAGAACUAGCAAUCGCAGGACUGCACUACACAGGGAACAGCGACAAAGUACGGUGCGAAAGCUGUGGAGUAGUUCUGAAUGCGGGAAGUAAUUACAACUUAUGGAAUGCGCAUAUUCGGAAUUCGCCGAACUGUUUAUACGUGCAGUUGAUCCAGAAGUAUAUAACCCGGGACCCCAUUGUUCAGGCAGAACCAAAAGUGAAAACACAAACCCUAACUGAAGCACUAUCCUCUGUUGUAGCAUCGUAUGAAAAUGCGCCCAAAGUACUAAAGUCGAGAGCAGGAAGAUUCGCUAUGGCAGGUUUUCGAUACACAGGGCAAAAGGAUCAAGUGCAAUGUCAAAGCUGUGGUAAGGCAUAUAGCAAAUUCACUGAACAAAUUGAUCCCUGGCAGUUCCAUUCAGAGAACCAGCCUGAAUGCAAGCAUGUUCAACUUAUCAAGGAGUACGCACUCUUAAAUGGCUCGUAUCGUCAGGAUUUACCGUCAAUGCUGGCGUCAUUUGACAGUGCACCUGACCAUCUAAAAAGACGGGCAGCGGAGUAUGCCAUGGCAGGUUUCUUCUAUUCAGGUCGGGCGGAUGAAAUUCGUUGUUAUAGUUGCAAUUUGACAUUGUCAAAGCUUAAUGAAUUCUCAAAUCCCUGGAGAUCUCACUAUGAAUUUAAUUCUAAAUGUGAAUAUAUAACGCUAAUUAAAAAGUCCGGAAUAAUUGAAACUAUAUGUAGACAAGAUUUACUCACAAAUCUGCAGUCUUACGAAAAAGCUCCUCCUGCAUUAAAGAGUAGAGCGAGGAGGUUUGCAUUAGCAGGAUUCAUUUACACUGGAAAAAGUGACGAGGUAUUGUGCCGUACUUGUGACUCACAGUAUUCCAAAUGGGACUUGGGUACGGAUCCGUGGCUAACUCAUACCCAGCGAAAUCCUGAAUGUGAUUAUGUAAAAAUUUUACGGAAAUAUGAAAUAAUGGAUAUUACAGAUCAGGACUUGUGCAGCAAAAUUGAGUCUUUCGAAUUUGCACCAAAUAAUCUGCGCCAGGCAAGAGUAGAAUUCGCUCAGGCGGGUUUUUUUUAUACGGGACAAGGCGACCAUGUGAAAUGCUAUUCUUGUGGUUUAGGAAAGCAUAAUUUCAGAGGACCACUGAACCCUUAUAUAACGCACUUCAAAAGUUCACCAGAAUGCAGAUAUCUGAAGCUUUUACAAAAAUACGGAAUUGUGGUCAGUGAAAGUGAAAGCAGCAAAAUCAAGAGUUCCAUGAACACCCGACUAACAUCUUCAGGUGCAUCAUCUGGUAAUGGAGCAACCAGUGGACAGUGCUCAAUGCCAAGGCAGUCGACACCUUCAACGGAAAACAACCAAUGCACCAUAUGCAUGGUGAAUAAUCGGGACUUGGUGCUGAUUCCAUGUGGACAUAUUGUGGUAUGUAGCUCAUGCGGAGCUAAAAUUAACCAAUGUCCUAUUUGUCGAAAGCAGAUUGAACGCUCCUUGAAAAUUUUCUACUCGUGAGCAAUUUCUAAUAUAAAUAAAUAACCACUUUUGUAUCAAAAAUAAAUCUUAUUCGCAAUAAAGACUUUUUGCCUC